CCCCAAGCUCAACCGAAUACUCAACAACCUCGACCCUCACUUCACGAACAUCACAAAUCUCAAAACAGCACAAUGGAUGUCCUGGAUAAAAUUCCGAAGCCGCUGCUAGGCGCCUCUGCCGGAAUUGGUGCCGUGUUCUUGGGCAUCAAGAUAUUCAAUUACAUCCGUUUGCUGCUCAGCUUGUUUGUUCUAAGUGGGAAGAACUUACGCACUUACGGCAAUAAAGGAACUUGGGCAGUAAUCACCGGAGCCUCCGACGGCCUUGGAAAAGAAUACGCGAUCCAACUCGCACAGAAAGGUUUCAACCUCGUCCUCAUCUCCCGCACCGAAUCCAAACUCCAAACUCUCUCCACGGAAAUCACGCAGAAAUAUGCGGGCUCCAAUAUCCAGGUCAAGAUCCUGGCCAUGGACUUCUCGAAGAAUGACGAGGGCGAUUAUGCGAAGCUGAAGGCGCUGGUUGAUGGGCUGGAUGUGGGUAUUUUGGUUAAUAAUGUCGGACAGAGUCAUUCUAUUCCUGUGCCGUUCAUUAUUACGCCCAAGGAUGAGAUGAGGGAUAUCAUUGCUAUUAAUUGUAUAGCUACGUUGAGGGUUACGCAGAUUGUGGCGCCGGGCAUGGUACAAAGGAAGAGGGGCUUGAUCCUUACCAUGGGCUCUUUUGGUGGGCUUCUACCUACCCCUCUACUGGCGACUUAUUCUGGGUCUAAGGCAUUCUUGCAACAUUGGUCAACGGCUCUAGCGGGAGAACUGAAGGGCUCGGGAGUUGAUGUGGAGUUGGUUCUCAGCUAUCUGGUUACAACGGCCAUGAGCAAGAUCAGGAAGACGAGUGCUUUUAUUCCCAACCCAAGGAAUUUCGUCAAGAGUGUUUUGAGCAAGGUGGGGAGGAGUGGUGGUGCACAGCAAAUGGCAUUCACGAGUACGCCGUUCUGGGGCCAUGCUUUGAUGCAAUGGUGGAUUGAGAAUACGGUUGGUCUCGGGAGUGAGUUUGCGGUUAUCCAAAAUAGAAAGAUGCAUGAGGAUAUUAGGAAGCGGGCGUUGAGGAAGGCGGAGAGAGAUGCAAAGAAGGCGUGAGCAGUGUCAGAGAAACUGGCUCGAAUUGAGCUGGGAGGGGAUAGGGUGGCAAUGCAGAAAGAAGCGCACAUGGGAGAAAGAUUUGGCUUCGGUGUUGGUGGAAGGUUCUGAGAGCAGGUUCAAAGGAAUUCCGGGUGCCAUGGAAUUGGGGAUGCAGGAGAGCUACAAGCCUUCGAAUAUUGGCUUCCCUGUGAUAGUGUCCAUAUAAACGAUCAUUUUUAUACGUUAUGACCAGACUGUUCUAUCCUUUUUCCAUUGCAAUUUCGGUGCAUAUCGAAUACCGCUG